UAUAUAGUAUUGAGAUUGUGAUUAAAAGUAAUAAUGAAUUUGUUGAAUUAUUAUUAUAGACUAUAGUAUAGUAGCAAGAGUGAAAUUUUGUUUUCAAGAAUUGAGUCCUAAUUUUAUAAAAGGAGCCAAAAAACCCAAUUCUAUCUAAUCCAAUGAAAACUCCAAGAUCGUCUCUACGUCCGCCACGUCAGCACUAUCCUGAUCGGGAAACCCAAAACGAGUGGUCGAAUAGUUUCCGACUGGUAACAGAGAAAGCAUCUCCACAAUCCCCAAAAUUCUUUCAACACUUGCUCUCCAUUAAUCUUUUAGAUAAUAAACCUAAUUGUUUCUGUUUUGUUUUUGUUUCUGUGAGAUUCUUCCGAGGCUUGAAGCUCAAUAGCUAUGGCUUCUCUUUCAGUCUCUUCCUCUUCAACCAUCAUCGAUUCAAGAGCUCCUCCUUCUCGACUAGCCUCCGCCUCCGCCUCUUCUCCGUCGUGCAUUUCACUUCCCACACUUCCGAUUCAGUCUCAUACCCGUGCCGCUAAAGCCACUGCUUACUGUCGGAAGAUUGUGAGGAACGUUGUGACGAGAGCUACUACUGAAGUUGGUGAAGCUCCUGCCACUACUACCGAAGCUGAGACUACUGAGUUACCUGAAAUCGUCAAGACUGCUCAAGAAGCUUGGGAGAAAGUGGAUGACAAGUACGCUAUUGGUUCUCUUGCCUUUGCUGGUGUAGUGGCUCUUUGGGGUUCUGCUGGAAUGAUUUCGGCAAUCGAUAGGCUUCCAUUGGUUCCUGGUGUUCUUGAACUUGUAGGCAUCGGUUACACAGGAUGGUUCACUUACAAGAACCUGGUCUUCAAACCAGACAGGGAGGCUUUGUUUGAGAAGGUCAAGAGCACAUACAAAGACAUAUUAGGGAGCAGCUGAAUCAAAGGAGGAAGAAGAAGAAGAAGAGCCUUUUUGAGGCCAUUCAUGAAUUGGAAUGAAGGAUAUCAAAAGAAUCUAACACAAAGGCCACGUCCUUCCUUCAAUCUUUCCUUCUUGUAACUAAAUAAUUUUCAUCCUUUCUCUCUCUCUGUCUCUGGUCUUUUUUAGCUCAAAGUAUCAUCCAUUUAUGUCAAAGUGUUGUAAAUUCCUCAAGACUAUAUAUGAGAUGUUUUGUUUCAUUUUCCAAAAUUUCAAACUUUGUCCCCAUUUA